AUGCCCGCCGCCCUUUGUUUCACACUCGUCUCUGCCAUGUCCGCCGUCGCUGCCGUCCUGUCUGCUGCGCUCUGUGCUCCGUGGUACAGUCGCUUAUUGUUGCUCAGGAUUAGCUCACGCACCAGGACAGCCUCCUGCUCGUUAUUUUGGCUUGCCGAUAUGCAUCCAAAGUUCCACGCUAGCUCCUCCUUCGUCACGUCUAUCUUUUUGCAGUAUCUCGCGAAUGCCGUCCGCGCUUGCUGGGGUGUUAUUGCGUUCGGAUCCGCCCUGGUCCCCGCCCUGUAUCCCAUCUUCUUGCGGUGGCUCCUGUAUGAGUCCCCAUAUGACCAUGCCCAGCAGCUGCGCGAGCAGGGGAUGCGCAAUCUGCGCGCGGCGGGCGGCGCGGUGGUUGCGAUCAAGCGCAUGGAGGACGGCGCGCACGGGUCGAGUAGUGCGACGGAGGCCGCCGCCGGCCAGCGGACUCCGAUCUGGUGUGGCAGGGCGCUUGAGGCGCGCGCGAGGCUUGAGCCUCCGAGUGGGUACGCGAGAGACCGCCGCGACAAGAUCUUCUCGCGCACCGUCCCGCAGCUAGACCAUUUCUGCCGCUCGUGGCUCGCCUCGGCGCCGCCGCAGCUGGUGGCGCAAAAUGCGGCGCGGCUACACAGUCCAGCGCCGCUGGUCCUCGCCUACGGGAGUGCCACAUCGCUGCUCGGCAGCUCCGCAUCUGACAUCGACUUGACAGUGCUGCUCGAGCUGCCGCCGGAGCUGCAGCGCCGCUUGUUGUCGGACAUUGCGGACGCGUUUGGCUCAGUGCCAGGCGUCACGGCGACGGCGGUGCUCGCCGCGCGAGUCCCGAUCUGCACAAUGACCUUCCCGAGCGACUGGUCCUCGCCUGCGGGAGCGCCGCUGGUCCUCACCUCGGAUCUUGUUGUCGACGUCUCGGUCGGGAACGUCAUCGCCCUCGACAACACGCGGCUGAUUCGCACGUACAUGGAGGUGGACGAGUGUGCGUGGCAGCUCUGCCUGCUGGUCAAGGCGUGGGCAAGGGCGCGGCGGGUAUGCUCGGCGCGGCACUGCUUCCCGUCGAGCUACGCGUGGUCGCUUCUCGCCAUCUGCCACCUGCAGCACCUCGGGCAGCUGCCCAACCUCCAAGGGCUGGCUCCUCCGUGGGCUUUGGUCGCGAACACCGCGCGGACGCCCGAUGGCCGUGCCGUGAGCUACUCCUUUUGCGGAAACGCCGCCGCCGCGCGCAAGUUUUGGAAGGCGGCCCCGUUACCCGCGCCGAGACUCCCGCUGCUGCUCACCAACUUCUUCGACACCGCGUUGCAGCUGCUGUCGGACCGAUCGCCGGCUGGCCUGGCCCUCGCUGCGUGCGUCUCCGCCGGAGGGCUGCAGCCGCUCUCCUCUUGCCCAUGCUUCGACCCGCGGGCAGCGCAGCACUUUGCGAUUGAGGACCCGCUCGAGCCGACCAGAGACCUCGGAGGCAUGGUCACCGCCUCCACCCUUGCCAUCCUGCGGACCGAACUCUGUCGCGCGCGCGAUUUGCUCCGGGAGGCGGUGGCUACGCGCUCACUCCCCGAGGCGCGGCGUUGGAUCGAGCGCCUUUUGGCAGCCGCGGGCGGCGAGGCUGGCAGCGGCGAGGCCAUCGGCACCGCCAUUGCCGCCGCCGCCGCUACCGCCGCUAACAGUGGGGCCGGCGGCGAGGCUGCUUCUGAGGUUGCCGGUGGAGCUGGCGGCAGUGAGGGCGGCGGUGAAGGUGGCGAGCUGGUUACAAAGAUGGGGGCGCUGCUGGUCGGCGCAUCACGCGCAGACGUAGAGGAAGCACUCACUCACUGCGGAACAGUGCAUGUUGAUGGCGACACAGUUGUUGCGAGUGGGCCACCCACAGUGAGUAGAUGA